AAAAAAUAUAGAAAGAUCAAAAAAGAGAGAGGGGGAAGGGGAAGACCCAUUGGCAUUGGUGUGUUGUUUUGAAGAGUUUCUUCGGAUUCUCCGACGGACAUACACCACAGGGCGGGGGCGGUGGCGGUGGCGGCAAAAGGGAGUGAGUGUUUGAGAGAGAGAGAAUUAAAAAGAAGUUAUUUGUUUCUGCGUUUUUGAAGCUGCUAAAUGGGCGACGAGAGAUCACCUCCAAUGGCGAUGGUACCUAGAGACAGAGAUCGAGAGCUUCUCAUCCCCGUCAGCGAUUCCCCCGACGCCGAAGACGCCGCAACAUCCUCCAAGCCUUCCUCUUCCUCCUCCUCCCAACACCAUUCCGGUCGCGAGACAUUUUACAAAGUUAUUAGGAGCUGGGCAUCCCACAAGUUCAUGACUGGAUGUGUCAUUCUCUUUCCAAUAGCAAUCACAUUCUAUAUAACAUGGUGGUUUAUUCAUUUCGUGGAUGGAUUUUUCUCUCCAAUCUAUGCUCAACUUGGAAUUGAUAUUUUUGGUCUGGGAUUCAUAACUUCCAUAACUUUCAUCUUCCUGGUUGGCGUUUUCAUGUCCUCAUGGGUGGGUGCAUCUGUCCUGGGCCUUGGGGAGUGGUUCAUCAAGCGAAUGCCACUUGUUCGUCAUAUUUAUAAUGCCUCCAAGCAGAUCAGCGCUGCUAUUUCACCAGAUCAAAAUACACAAGCCUUCAAAGAAGUAGCCAUCAUUCGGCAUCCACGUGUUGGGGAAUAUGCGUUUGGAUUCAUCACCUCUUCUGUUGUUCUUCAGAACUACUCUGGAGAUGAAGAGCUAUACUGUGUCUAUGUUCCAACAAACCAUCUUUAUAUUGGUGAUAUAUUUCUUGUCAAUACCAAUGAUGUCAUCAGGCCAAACUUAUCAGUUCGUGAAGGAAUAGAAAUUGUCGUCUCUGGAGGCAUGUCAAUGCCACAACUCCUAUCAACGAUUGAUUCAAGCAUAAGCAUGAUCCCAGGGGAUAUAAGUAGACCCAGCAGAAGCUGAUAAUUUGGUAUCAUAUGGAUUCAUCAGAUAAACAAGUAUUGGAUGUUUUAGGUUCUGAUGUCAAGUGUAAUAUUCAUUUAUGUGCAAUAGCAUGUAGAACUUAGUGUUUGUUUGGAAGAAUAUAGUUUUGGUGAUAAUACAAAAUUUCCAAUCA